AUGCCCCCUCUCUUCAGCAUGCGAAGGUUCUCUCGAUCAAGCACUCACAAUUCUCAGGCACCCCAGUCUCCUCCAACUUCAUAUACACCGCCUCUCUCUCACGCCCCGAUGUUGCCCAAUGGAACUGCAGGGUCUCAUCAUGAUUCCCACUCCAGACCGGUGUCGGCAAAUACCAGCUCUAGCUUCGACUUUGCCAACCGUCCCCCGACUCAGAACCCCGCGACAGUUCUGCCAUCAAGUGCUAUCGGCCAUCUCUCACGUACUGAUCAGAUUGUCUUGCGGCAUUUCUGGGAGGUCAAGUAUGAAGAGAACAAAGCAAGAGAUCUGCACUUUCUGAAAUUUCCCUUCUUUCCCCAGUCUCCCCAGCACCAAGAUUUGAUUCCUUACUGCGAGAUCUACCAUUUGAUUAAGACCUCGCCUGGUGCGAGGAUCAUCAGCCUGGGCAGUGCAAAUGGGGUCUACAUUGGAUUCGAGCUCUUCUCCGGCUCUCAACUCCAUAUCGACAUGGAUGAUACCUGGCACCACAUCUCUCACCACCGUGUCAAUUUCAAGUCCUAUGAGAAGAUUCUCAAGGACUCUACAUCCGACCACACGUUCAAGUCUUGGCCCAAACCACUAACCAUCGAGUUUCUUGAAGAACAGUACCACCGUUGGAUGCUUGAUCUGACUAGUCUCUGCUGGGAGACCGCCGAGGUGAGAGAGUUAAGCGGUGGAGCCAGCGGUGAGGGAAGUGUGCAAGGGGAGUUGAAGGAUGAGAUGCUAUAG